CGCCCGAGCUCCCGGCAUCCCCCGCCUCGCAGGUCACGUGGCUCCGCCCGCCCCGCACCAGCCGGGCGACCGGCCACCCCCGGGCGGGGUUCGCGGGGCUCCACCCGCCCCUGGCCACGCACCGCAGUGCUCGCGGCUCGGCUGCCCCGGCGCCCCCGACAGCUGCCCGCGAGGUGACUAUGGAGGCUGGUGGGCUGCCCCUGGAGCUGUGGCGCAUGAUUUUGGGCUACUUGCACCUUCCGGACCUGGGCCGUUGCAGCCUGGUGUGCAGGGCCUGGCACGAGCUGAUCCUCAGUCUCGACAGCACCCGCUGGAGGCAGCUGUGUCUGGGCUGCCCCGAGUGCCGCCACCCCAACUGGCCCAACCAGCCUGAUGUGGAGCCCGAGUCGUGGAGGGAGGCCUUCAAGCAGCAUUACCUUGCCUCCAAGACCUGGGCCAAGAAUGCCUUGGACUUGGAGUCCUCCGUCUGCUUUUCCCUGUUUCGCCGAAGGCGGGAGCGGCGUACCCUCAGUGUUGGGCCAGGCCAUGAGUUUGACAGCCUGGGCAGUGCCUUGGCCAUGGCCAGCCUGUAUGACCGGAUCGUACUGUUCCCGGGUGUGUACGAGGAGCAAGGAGAGAUCAUCCUGAAGGUGCCUGUGGAGAUUGUAGGUCACGGGAAGCUGGGCGAAGUGGCCCUGCUGGCCAGCAUUGACCAGCACUGCUCCACCACACGCCUGUGCAACCUGGUCUGCAUGCCUGCCUGGUUCUCCCCCUUCAUGUUUAAGACCUCAUCGGGUCACGUCCAGUUUGACAACUGCAACUUUGAGAAUGGUCACAUCCAGGUCCACGGCCCAGGCACUUGCCAAGUGAAGUUUUGUACCUUCAAAAACACCCAUGUCUUCUUGCACAACGUGCCCCUGUGUGUUCUGGAAAGUUGUGAGUUUGUGGGCAGCGAGAACAACUCUGUGACGGUUGAGGGCCACCCGUCGGCAGACAAGAACUGGGCCUACAAGUAUCUGCUGGGGCUCAUCAAGUCCUCUCCCAGCUUGCUCCCCACAGAGGACUCUGACGCUUUGCUGUCCCUGGACCUGGAGAGCAGGGACCAGGCCUGGAGCCCAAGGACUUGCGAUAUUGUGAUCGAGGGCAGCCAGAGCCCAACCAGCCCAGCCUCUAGCUCCCCAAAGCCCGGCUCCAAGGCUAGCUCACAAGAGACAGAGGUGGGCAGCGAUGGGGAGCGGGUGGCCCAGACCCCAGACAGUAGCGAUGGAGGCCUGAGUCCCAGUGGUGAGGAAGAGGAUGAGGACCAGCUCACAUACAGGCUAUCUUACCAAAUCCAGGGCCCACGCCCUGUCCUGGGGGGCUCCUUCCUGGGCCCGCCACUACCAGGAGCAUCCAUUCAGCUGCCCAGCUGCUUAGUGCUGAACUCCUUGCGGCAGGAGCUGCAGAAGGACAAAGAGGCCAUGGCACUGGCCAGCUCCGUGCAGGGCUGCCUCAUCCGCAAGUGCCUCUUCCGGGAUGGAAAGGGAGGUGUCUUCGUGUGUUCCUACGGCCGAGCCAAGAUGGAAGGCAACAUCUUCCGUAACCUGACUUAUGCAGUGCGGUGUAUACACAAUAGCAAGAUCGUCAUGCUCAGGAACGACAUUCACCGCUGCAGGGCGUCAGGCAUCUUCCUGCGCUUGGAAGGCGGAGGUUUGAUUGCCGGCAACAAUAUCUACCACAACGCAGAGGCUGGUGUAGACAUCCGGAAAAAGUCCAACCCACUCAUCCUGUGUAACCAGAUCCAUCAUGGCCUUCGCUCUGGAAUAGUUGUCCUUGGCAAUGGGAAAGGUGUCAUCCGGAACAAUCAGAUCUUUUCCAACAAGGAGGCUGGUAUUUAUAUCCUGUACCACGGGAAUCCAGUUGUGAGUGGGAACCACAUCUUCAAGGGCCGUGCAGCGGGCAUAGCAGUGAAUGAGAAUGGCAAAGGUCUCAUCACAGAGAACGUCAUCCGGGAGAAUCAGUGGGGAGGUGUGGACAUCCGACGCGGAGGUGUCCCAGUGCUCAGGAGCAACCUCAUCUGCUUUGGCUACUCAGAUGGGAUCGUCGUGGGAGAUGAAGGCAAAGGGCUGAUAGAAGGAAACACCAUCUAUGCUAAUAAGGGCUGUGGUGUGUGGAUGAUGUCAUCCAGCCUGCCCCAUGUCACCAGCAACCAUGUCAGCUACAAUGGCCUAUAUGGAGUGGCAGUGUUCAGCCAGAAAGACGGCUCCAGUGACUUCCCUGGAGGCCAUGGGGCCCAGGAGAACUUCAGUGAGGAUGGGGACGCCAUCCUCUGGGAGACGGAGUUGGAGAAGGACGACGAUCCACUGCGCCGGCCCGUCACCACCACCCUGGUUGAGUCGAACAGUAUUAACCACAAUGGAGCCUCAGGACUCUAUGUCCAGAGCAGCGAGGCGCUGCAAGUCAUCACCAACGUGAUCCAUGCUAACGGGGACCGAGGCAUCACUGUGGCCCAGAGCAGCCAGCUCACCCGCGUGGCCAACAACAGCAUCUCCUGCAACCGUCAGAGUGGCGUCAAGGUGGAGGCCCCGUGCAAGGUGGAGCUCCGGGGCAAUGGGAUCUAUGACAACAGGGGCCACGGCGUCAUCACCAAGGGUGACAGCACAGUUGUCAUCGAAAAUGACAUCAUUGGCAACCGGGGCAGUGGGCUACAGCUGCUGCCCAGCUCUGACACUAAGGUAAUAAAGAACCGAAUCCAUUCGUUCCGGGCCUAUGGCAUUGCCGUGAGGGGCCGCGCCAAGGCCUUGGUGCAAGAAAACGUCAUCUUCCAGGGCAAGACCAACAAAACCAUCUUUCAGCAGAUUUCAAACAACCAAGAAUGCAUCAUGCAAAACAACAAGUUCUUGGUCUUCAAGAAAAAGUCUGAUACAUGGCGCCUAGUGAACCCCCCAGCACGGCCUCACCUGGAAAACUCUCUCCGUGGCCCCUCUGUAGCCCACAGUGGGCAGAAGGUGGCGGCCAUGGCCACCAGGAUCACAGCCCGUGUGGAAGGUGGUUACCACAGCAACCGAAGCAUCUUCUGCACCAUCCUGUAAGGGUGGAGCUCCUUGAGGAGGAGCAGUCCAGGGAUAGUCCAGAGGCUUGAGAAGCCACAACCCCGUGUUGUGCUGACAGACUCAGACUUUGACGGGUACUCAGCCAAGUUGGGGCAAGGCCUUUGGGAUGGAGCGGUGCCCUCUGUCCUCUUACAACCCAAGAAAACAGGCUCUCAGGCUUCCUGGGGGCGGGGGGGGGGGGUAAGAACAAAGUACCUUGAAAACCCUUUGGCUCCACAACUGUCAGCAGAAAGGACCUUGGAAGUGAUUGUCAAGGAGGAAAAAAAAAGAAUAGAAGUUGGUGAGUUUUUAAUCACUCGAGGUCUGGUGGACCUUGUGAAGAGCUGGGGAGAAUCUGUGGUGAAGCCUGGGUCUGGGUUUUGUUUGAGUUCCAGGGCACUGCGGUUCACACGCACCACACCCAGACUCUCCUCAGGUAAGAAAGAGCAGACAUGCUCUCGAGGAAGGGCAGAGAGGUGGGAAGAGACGGCUACUCCCAAAUGUUCAGCUCUAGACCUCUCCAGACCUCUCCACUGACACCACCACACCCUCCCAGCUGCUUGUGGAGGGCUGAGAAGUUGAGUCUGGUUUCCUUGAGGACAGAGUUUUCUGAAAUGUGGAUGUGAACCUGUGAAGAAAGGAAGGAAGCUGUGACAAGAAAUGUGCCUUGAACGGCGGCCCCAGGGCUGACGAGGGACAUGCUCAAAGUACAGGGGCCCGUGGAGGCUUCCUGGGAGCGGCUGAGCUGUGCAGGGUGCACACAGCUCCACUCUGACCCUCUCGAAGCUCCCAGACUCAGGAGGACACUCACUCCACACCUGCUACCAGGACUCAGAUCCCCCUGGGCACACCCACACCAGCUGCCCCUCUGGGGGCACCAGACUGGUGGGGACAGAGGUACCUGGGGGCCCUCAUUGGUGUCCGUGGAUACCCACCUGCCUUUACUGGCCCUACCAUGGUUUCCCACUCUGUGCCUUGGCUCACGCUCUCCCCUCCCCUUGGCAUGACCUCUGGCCAUCUGCACAUGCCCAAGCCACACCCUCUCUCCCAGGUCCAGCUGCCACACUGCCAUGUCCAUGCCACACCUCCCCUCCCCCAGGUGGCAAUGCUCUCCCCUCUCUGAGCCUCCUCUGCCCCUUCUCUUCCCCAUCUCAGGUACUAAGCACUUUCUGCCUUGCUUUACAGUUCUCCAGGUCCACCUCUGCCCCACUCACCUGCCUGGGAGCUGAGGGUUGGACCACAUCUCACAGACUGUCUCCACUAGCCAGCCCAGGGCAGGAGCAGGGUUGACCUGGACAAGGAGAGGAACAGCAGCUCCCAAGGGCUUUUCUGAAUUGUACUGUGAAUGUGUCAAGGUUCCAGAGCCAGGCGGUCUCACACCCAACUGUUUGAGGAAGGAGGCUGGAUGCAGGACCAGCUCCCUUCCCACUCGACUGUUCAUGUGGGGCCUUCGCCAGCCUGUAGGGGUCGCUGUUGCGCACGCUGCGGAUAGCUUCCCAGGCUGGCUGCUAAGGUCCUGGGUGCUGCUCUGUGGGUGGGAGGGGACGGAGGGAACCUGGAGCAUUUUGGGCGCAAGAGCACCGGCCCCCUCCCAUCCCCAGCACUGUCUUUUGCACUUCUCUAAUGGCCUCGUUGUGAAUCGCUGUAAAAAUGCUGCCUUUAUAAUUUUGUAAAGAAAUGACUUCCUGUGACUCAAACGCUUAUGGGAAUCUCAGCAAUCAAAAUAAAAGUUCUCUAUUUUAAAAGAGGCAGUUUGGGGAGGC